UUGCCGGAAGUACGGGACGCGUGUCACUCUAUCCCCGUUUCUAUCUCUGCGGCUGAGUUGGCGUCUCUUAGCAACGGAAUGGACGCUGACGCGGCCGACACCUGAGGGAGGCGAGCUAUUGCGGCGGCGCUGAAGCUCGUCUAAGGGAGCCUGGCAUGUCGAAGUUAAGCAAAAAGAAGGAGCCGGUGAAGAGCAACAACGUUCUCCAGACGCCCUUCCCCGCUAAAGACCUUUGGGGUAUUACUGGAUCAGUCUCUAGUGUAAACCCUCAAGGUCCUUUGGGUGAGUCUAGGAAACCAAGAUUUCCUAUCUGGCCAGAAUGGAAUGAAGCAGAUAUCAAUGUAGAGAAGUGGGAUGCAGGAAAAGGUGCAAAGGAAAAAGAUAAAGCUGGAAGAAGUCCUAUUUUACAUGUCUUUGAAGAUCCAGAAGGAAAAAUUGAAUUGCCCCCUUCUUUAAAAGUGAGUUUCUGGAGAAGGCCACAAGAAUUCUUAGUCACUAAGGUGCCUGUGGUAGUGAAAAAUGAAGCAUGGUUUGACCUUUUUUCAGCCAAUGAACAUUUAAUGGGCAGUGAGCUGAUAAGAUGGAUAAUAAGUGAAAUCUAUGCAGUUUGGAAGUUGUAUAAUGCACCUGCUUUAAGUCCUGAUCCUAAAGCUAAUGCAAAUGAAGCACCUCAGCUUUUGUGGAAGCCAUGGGAACAUAUAUAUUCAUUAUGCAAAGCUAUCAAGGGACAUAUGCCAUUGUACAAUAGCUAUGGAAAAUAUGUGGUAAAGCUUUAUUGGAUGGGGAGCUGGCGAAAGAUCAUUGUGGAUGACAGCAUACCUUUCAAUGAAGACAAUGAGAUGCUGCUUCCAGUAACAACAUGUGAAAUUGAACUUUGGCCACUGAUAUUAUCCAAAGCCAUAAUUAAACUAGCAAACAAUGACAUAAAUGAUGUAGGAAAAAGGGAGCUGGGGGAAUUCACAGUUCUACAUGCACUUACUGGAUGGAUACCAGAAAUUAUUCCUCUCCAAUCUGGAUAUUUGGAUAAAGUUUGGGAAUUCUUAAGAGAGACAUUGCCAGAAUUUAAGUUACCAGAAGAAUCCGUUCCUGAACUUAAGAUCUCACUUCAAGACACUAAAAAAGAUCUAAAAUCAUCUGACAUUAAAAAUGAUGCCGUACCUACUGUUAAGCCACCAGAGAAGGUAGAGAAACCUGAAAAAACUGCCAAAGAGAAGCAAGAUCAAAAAGAUGUUGGAAAGAAGAGAAGCAAAGAUGGUGAAAGGGAUAAAUUUAGGCCAGGGCCUCAUUCUGGACGCGUGUCUUCUGACUUUCAAAAUUCUCUCCAGCUGUUUCUUGAUGGUUCUGCAACACCACUGCAACCACAGAUGGUGGUAUAUGCUUGCUAUAUGCCUCUUUAUGUGUCUGAAAGAAAGAUAUUUGUCUUAGGGAAAAUGGCUGAUUCAUCUGAGCAGUUGCGGCAAUAUGGUCUUUCCCACAUAUACAGUCACCCUGCACUGCUAACCAGAACAAGGUCCGGUCCCCUGGUAGCCCCUCCCAAACCACCACCUAUUCCUCGUUGGAAACUUAUCCGCCAGAAAAAAGAAACAAUUGUGACUGAUGAACCCCAAGAACCUGUCAUUAAAAAGCCAGAACAAUUCAUUGAACUUGCUAGCCCGUUUCUGAGCUAUAGACUUUCUCCAAUACCAAUACCAAGAGACACCCAUUUCCCACCUUCUACAUUCAAAAAAGGAUCUCUUCCAGCAUCCAGUCUUCCUGCUGUCACUGAAAAUGAUGAAAGCGUAAUUGACUCUUCUGGAGAUUCAAAUUUAACAAGUACAGAAGAAAUUUCUCAGGAAUCUACUUUAGCUGCACCACAUACUAUGGAAGGAUCCACCAGAGGGGAAUCGACUGAAAAAAUAAGUAGUGAAGCAGCUCCAAUGCCAGAAUCAACAGAACCUACUAAUAACCAGUUAGGAAAUAAAUCUCAGGAAGAGAUUGAAUCAGAAAAGAGCCCCAUCUCCAAGGAAAUAUGGAUGGACUAUGAAGAUUUCUGUGUUAGUUUUCAGAAUUUGUAUGUUUUCCACAAGCCAAAUACCUAUAGCUACACCUAUCAGAAGUCAGAUUUUAGAAUGGUGGACGAUCGUAUUGUCUAUUAUUUAUCUGUAGAUAGUUUGAAGCCUACUGAUAUCCUGGUUAGCUUUUCUGCAUUAGUACACUGGGGGGAAUCAGGAGCAAGUGCACAAAAAGAAGGCCAUGUUUUGCCCAAGGGAUUCCUCAUGGUUGAAAAAUUCUCAUGGAAAAAUUUGGCGCCAGGACAAUUAAUCCUGAAGAUCCAUACAUAUGCCACUAAAGCUGCUGUGAUAAGUCUUCCUGCUGGGCGCCAUGUGUUACUCUUCACUGCGAGCUCUCCUGUAGGGCACCAUAUCCAUCUUUGUAGCAUGGUCCCAUGUGUGUUUGGUGAAGAGGAUAUUGUCCUGCCAAAUCUUGAAAAGGAAAGCUAUCGGUUCAUAGAACAAGCCACCACUAUCAUGAAAGCCAUUGGAAAUGUGAUACUGAAUUUUGGAAAUGCAGAAAACCUUCCCGCAGCCAUAAAGACACUGGAAGCAACACAUUGUCCUCCUGGCCUCUGUGCUCCAGGAACAACUAGAGAACACUUUAAGGCUUUCAAUAAUGCUUUUUGGCAUUUGAUAAAACAGACACUGGGGAAUGUUCCUCUCAACUAUAAAUUUGCUUACAGAUGUUUCACUUUGGAUUUUAAAGACAGUGAUGUGUCUGUUGAAGAUACAGACUCCUCAGAGCUGACAGAUGUUUCUGCUUGGCAAAGCAAAGAUCCCACACCUGAAGAGGAGAAAGUUGCACUUAAACUGCAGGCUGCCUGGAAAGGGUCUUACGUGCGGCUACUAAUGAAUGGCAGAAAACCAGGUACUAAGGAGAAUACUAAAGUCAAAGACACACUUCAAAAGUUGUGGGCUCUAAUAGAGCCAAAUUUUGAACAAUGUUCUUUGACACUUUUGAGAGAUAUGUUCAAAAGUAAAUGUAAGUCACUUGAAAAAUACCGUUGUGCUGAAGAUGAGUGGACUAAGACAUCUUUUGCUGAUUAUACUGUAACAUAUGCGGACCAGCCAGCAAAUUUUUGGUUUGUGGUCUUCAGAGAGGUGUUUUAUGUUCCAGAAGAUAUGAUCAUAGCAGCAAAGUUUUAUUCUUCCAUACCUACAUGCGCAUUGCAUGUCGUAGACAAUGAUACAUUAGAAGAAAUGCCUCGGAUCUUUCUCAGGGUUGCACCCCAUCUUUAUACAAAGAAUAAGAGAGGAUAUACUUUUAUGGCUGAAGUUCAAACUGGUGAGUCACCAGUGUUGGCUGGGAAAUGGAGGCUUCGACUCAUAGGUUCCUACAGUCCCCUUCCAGUUCUUUCUCGUGAGACUAUAAACAAUGUAUAUUCCAUUAAAGAAGUUAAGGACUAUUAUGUACCAAAUGCUAAGAAUAUUAUAUUCAGGUAUUCAGUAAAAGUAACAACACCACUUAUGGCUACUGUGCAAGUACAGACCUCCAAGCCAGAUGUAAUCAUUAAAGUGCAAGUUCUGGACUCUGAGGAAGAAAUGGUGCACUCUGUUGGGAAGGGUCAUGCUGUUGUUCCUGCAUUUUAUUUCAUAUCUAAUGAGCGGCCUCUAAGUAGCAUGUCAACAUCAAGUAAAGGUGGAGUUGCCCAAAGCACUCCCAAAAAGGAACCUGAAGUAGUUGCAGUCUCUAAGAAAAAAGGUACUGUGGCAGCUCAGAAGAAUGUCAAGUCUGCAGCCAAGAUGUCACAGGAAGGCCCAACUUCAACAGAAGAAGAAACUAUUGUUACCCCUGUUCUUGAUGAAAAUUUAUUUCAGCAGCCUCACAAGUAUAUUAUACAAGCCUCAGUGUUGCAUAACAGUUGGCCACUUACUGAGAACCAAUUGGUAUUUGUUCAGGCACUGAGAGAACUGGAAAAAAAUGAAAUCAAAGCACGUCCUACUGAAAAACAUGAAGAAAGUGUAAGUGUCCUAAGUCCAGACAUUCACAGCAACAUGGAAGGACAAAAAUCUGCAGGCUCUUCCAAAGGAGGUCGAAAAGUGAAGGAGAAAACAACUGAGAAGGCAGAAAAAGCUGCUAAAGAAAAACCUGUAACUGUUGUUAGGCCCGAAUCACAGCAAUCUGAUCCUAACAAACCCUCCUGGAUCUUACGUCUAGUCAUUGAACAAAAUGAAAUAGAAGCACUGGAUUUGAGGAAAGACACUGAGAGAGCAGAUGAGAUCAAAGCUAUGAAGCAAGCAUGGGAGGCUGCGGAGCCAGGGAGAGCUGUUAAGGCUGUUCAGGAGCGCAUGCAGUUUAUUAAUAAAUGUGCACGGAAAGGUUUAGUUGCGUCUGAGGCCGACAGUGUCAGCACUAGAGUGAGUUCAGGAGAAACAGGGACUGCUUCUCCUGUUUCUGAACUAGUGGUGUCCCCCGCUGGAGUAGUUGCUGAAACGCAGCGGAAGGAACCUUUAGACCUCUCUCCCUAUAUUAGAAAAACACUACCUGAACCUGUCUUGAAAAAUGAAGCUAUUAUUCAAGAGCAAGAGAUGCGUAAGGCAGAAGAAAUAAAUCAUUUUAGACAAUUUCGAGAGAUGGUUGGAGAACACAGAGGGCAAGAACACACAGCUAGGAAUCGGUUGAAGCAAAAUGUACUUGAUAUGUAUGACAAUCUUCAGAAAAAUAGGAAAUACAGAUCAACAAGGGAGGGUAAAGGUGCCUUUCAGAGAAAAAAGAAGCUAAAAAGAAAAUAUCAAACUAAGGAAGACCAGACCACUAUCCAUGCUGAGCUAAGAAAAAGAAGAGCAAAACCCACAGUUGAAGCAUGUACAGACCACCGCACCUACUGACUUCAGAAGGCCUCUGCUAUGGCAUAGACCCAGCUAUAGUCAAGCUUUGUGUGACCAAUGGGCCAGGUGUGUGCUUGCAUUCCUCCAUAUCAGAAGCAUCCAUCAGGCUCAAUGGAAAGCAGUUCACAUCUCCAUCUGGACUGACCAUCUGCGUGACCGAUGUGUUCAUCUCUCUCUUGCAGGAUUUGAGAAAUAGAGGAACUCACAAUCUCUUAGCCUAUUAAUACAGUGGUACCUCUAGUUACCAACUUGUUUCAUUUCGGAGGUCCGUUCUAAACCUGAAACUGUUCUUAACUAGAAGCGUGCUUUCGCUAAUGGGGCCUCUUGCUGCUGUUGCGCCGCCAGCACACGAUUUCCGUUCUAAUCCUGGGGCAAAGUUCUCAACUCGAGGUAAUUCUUCCAGGUUAGCAGAGUUUGUAACCUGAAGCAUUUGUAACUUGAGGUGUUUGUAACUCGAGGUACCACUGUACUUGACUUUACCUUUCACUUUAAUGCCACAUUUAAAAUACUCUAGUGCAAUGUUAAACCGGAUUGAUACAAUGAAUUAUUGGUUGUAGCCACCUAUUUAUUUCAAAUAAUUGAGAGGUAGCAUAGAGCAAUGUUUGUUCAUUUACUACCCUUUUAUAGUUCAAUGCAUUUUAGAUAAUAUCAUUCAUCUGUAUGUCAGAGGCUGUCUCUGUAUUUAUUUAUUUUUUAAGCUGGAGAACUGAUCAUACUAUGUUGACAUUUGUCAAGGUUAUUCACUGUAUACAGCUUGAGCCUUUCCAAAAGUGUUGUUACAAAUAUUUAAUGAUUUGGUUCCCAAAAUGGCAAUGUCUUCUUGGUGGUUCUACAAAUGGAUUUCAUUUCCCCCCAGUCAAAUGGCACUUUUCCCUGGCAAUGCCGCUGCAGAAGGGAGGGACCACCUGUUGCUGCUUGAAAAAGAUUUGGCAGACACAACUUUUCUAUCGGGAAGUUUGCUGAGGUUCUGCCACUCAUGCUAGAAUCCAUUCUGUUUCUGGAUGUCCUCUUCCACCACUUACUUAAUUGGCUUUGUCAGCUCUGAUACUGUGGGCUACAGCCCACAGAUGCAAGAGGCUUCAGUAUUUGUGUGGGGUUGGUUUCACUGAAGAUGUAGACCAUAUAUUUGCUGAGGCAUCUUGUACUGACAAGAUGUGAUGAAUGAUAUUGUGCCCCCAUGGAACAUGAUUCUGUACAAGUGCAACAUAGCAUCCAGGCAGCCUUCUAGCUUUGCAACAAAACUCACCAAUUCCAAAUCCCUAUUUUUGGUGGCUUAGUUUUGCUGCAACCAGAGGUGUAAAUCACAGCUAAGGUGCUGUAGUGGUUAUUGUGUUGGGUUAUACCUACAGAUACCUGGGAUCAAAUCCCUGCUUGGCGAGAAAACUUAGUGUGUGAUUUUGGACCAGGCAGUCUCCCAACAAUACAGGCUA